AGUCACUGGGUUGCAUGAGCUAGAGGAUUUCAGGUUCCAGGCUUUCGAGAGUGCUAGAUUGAACAAAGAACGGAUGAAACUGAUGCAUGACAAGCACAUCAUGGAUCGAAACAUCAAAUCCGGAGAGCUAGUGUUGUCAUACAACUCCAGAUUAAGAUUGAUUCCGGGUAAGUUGAAGUCCCGAUGGUCAGGACCCUUCAGAGUAGUGCAAAUGUUCCCAAGUGGAGACGUUGAGAUUGAUUCAGAGGAUGGGAUGAAUAAGUUCACAGUGAAUGGUCAGAGGUUGAAACAUUACCUUGGAAUGGCAAACGGGAAAGGGGACAAAGAGAUAAUAAUGUUGGAAGAGCCCCAGUACAUGAAUGAGGAGUGA